CGACCUCCUUUCGCUGGUCUACCAGUCACCGCUCGGUUGCAUUGGUGUCGUAGGGCUUCUUUCCGUUCUUUUCAUUCCUCCCCUUUCUCGCCAGAGCCGGUAUCUCUUAUGUCUUCCAAGGUCCGCCGUACUUCUCGGGCUUCUGUCCGCCUGAGAAACUCUUUUACCUAUCCUCGGAUACAGAGCGCUAGUCGCAAACAGUCAGGGCCCGGUGCCGUUUCCAUUGAACUUUUGUCUUUCGGCACGGCUUUGGACUUUUCACCCUCACUUCGGCGCAUACGAACCACCAUGCAGUCUUGCCACAUCUCCACGCUUUUGACGAUCUUGCUCUUCGUUUGUCUUUUGACCCCAUGUCGCGCAGAGGAUGCCAACAAGGUGUUUGCAUGGGGUUUUGGUGGGCCGGAUCUGUCCACCGAGCUACCGAGUUGUCGUUCUAUCCCGAUCAAUAUCCUGCGCAAUGUGCACAUCAAUACUUCGGAAACGAGUCUAGGCAUCCCGCCGUAUUUCAUGGGUGUUUUCGCUAUCGGUGGCACCCCCAGCGUCACUCCAAUCGGCAGCAAUGCUUCGAGUUUGUCAUGGACCGUAGAUCAGCCUAUCGGCACGAAGCUCUUGCUGACUGUCUUUGACGGGACUGGGAGCUCAGGAGGCGUCCCCCCGCUAUUGUAUGAAGUGGUUGCAGGAUCGACGACACAGUGCAGCACGCCUGCAUCUACGGAGCCUGCAUUUACUGUGACCGCAAACGUCACCGAUUCUUUAGCGACUUGUGCGCCGUGGGGCUUGACGAUUGUUGGUGGGCAGCCACCAUACAAUAUCACAAUCGCCGCGCUCAACUCCCCCGUAAUCACCAAUGUAACUAUGGGGCCGAACUUCGACCAAUUCACGUAUAUCAAUCGGGCGGAGCCUGCGUCGAAACUCAUCGCCGCUGUGAGCGAUGUCAAUGGCCGUUGGGCUACAGGGACACCGAUCGUGACGACUGUUGGGUCAACAAACGCUGACUGCCCUGGUUUGAACAGUGUUCCUGGUCACGCUGCGGCCAUUCAAGCGCAGCAAAAGGCUGCUUUGAACGUAGCCAGGACCCAACAGCACACACUUGUAGUCGCAGGUGUGGUUACUACGCUUUUGGUGUUACUUGCGCUUGGCGCAAUUGCAGCCUUCCUGUUUUGGCGCCGGCGAAAGUUCAUGCUGACUGCACAAGCAAGAGCUCCGACAAGAUUUGAAGCUGGAAGCGCCUCUCAAAAUCCAUUUGAAGAAACGGGCUCACACAUUCUUUCGAUCACCUCGUUCAUCAAUAGCUCGUCCAGUGCACCGCAUUCGCCAGAUGGAUUGAGCACUAUCUCGCCCUCGCGUCUCAGUGUCAUAACUCCGGCUUCACUCGACAGGCGGCAGCUUGUCAAUGAUACUGAAUCGGUACAUUCGGCCGACUCUGGGACGGGCUCUGGUCUCCCCACCCGAAGUCCUGGAAGGCCUGCUCUGAACGGAUUUCCGACAGCGUCGGUCCGGCGCUCUGCCAAGGAAAUCGAGGCAGGCCUUCCCACGAGCAUCUCGAUGGACUCCGAGUAUUACACUAGGCCCGAACAUACCAUACCUGCAAUCGGACGCAGUCAAUCCGCAGCAGUCACGACGGGUGGCGUCAGGGCCGUUGAGAGGACCGUCCGUCUACCCACUCGCUCGGUUUCCCUUGGCGGUCCCGAAAUCAUCAUCCAGCAUGAAGAUGCUGGUACAGUGCGGGAAUUACCUCCUCCUUACGCUGAUCGACAUUAGUAUAUACAGUGACCGGUUGGCCCAUCGUCUUUCUUUUUUGUGAUUAUGAGAGUCAUCUUGCGCUUGAUUUCUUCUGAUACCUUAUCUUUUAUUAUUCUGCACUGUGUAUGUAUGCCUUGUGUACGACUCGCAUCGCCAUGAAAAGUGACCACACAAAGAGCCACACACACAGAUUUUCGCAUCCAUUCACGAUGGCGCCGUUCUCAAAGCCGGAAGCCGUUCUCAAGCAGGCCGAGGGCCUUGUUGCUGUCGGCCAGACGCAUGCCGCCAUACAGUCUCUCACUGAACUCUUCGGUUCUAAACGCUUUCGAUCCACACCGUUGGCAUCGCUAGAGCCCAUCAUGCUUCGAUUCAUCGAACUCUGCGUUGAGACUCGCAAAGGGAGGACGGCCAAGGAGGGGCUGAUGCAAUAUAAGAAUAUCGCCCAGAAUACAAGCGUAGGGAGCAUCGAAGUUGUCGUCAUGCGAUUCGUCUCUUUGGCAGACCAAAAAGUGCGAGAUGCACAGGAACGCGCUCGAGCACACGAGGAGGAGAGGGAGAAAGCAGCGGGUGCCGUGGAUGUGGAUGUGGAUGAUCUGGAGGCGAGUGAGACGCCGGAGAGCAUCUUGCUGGGCGCUGUCAGCGGUGACCAGAGCAAAGAUCGCACGGAUCGUGCUUUGGUGACACCCUGGCUCAAGUUCCUUUGGGAGAGUUACCGAACCUCGCUGGAGACCCUCAAGAACAACGCACGGCUGGAGGCUAUCUACCAGUCGAUCGCGCAACAAGCGCUUACUUUCUGCCUAAACUACAAGCGACCGCUGGAGUUCCGUCGUCUUUGCGAUACCCUCCGUCUGCAUCUGUCCCAUACCGCCAAAUAUGCGCAUCAGCCCCAUGCCAUCAACUUGGCGGACCCGGAGACCCUUCAACAUCAUCUGGAUACCCGUUUCCGUCAGUUGACAGUAUCCUCUCAGUUGGAGUUAUGGGCCGAGGCGUUUCGAGCGGCAGAGGACAUUCACCAUCUUCUGACGUUGGGAGGAGGCGCUGGCGGUGCGGCGGGCAGAAAGCAGGUGCUAAAACCUGGUGUUCUGGCGGCCUACUACGAGCAGCUUUCACGCGUGUUUCUCGUAAGCGGUAAUGCCCUUUACCAUGCUGCUGCGUGGGGCCGAUUGCACUCCGUCACAAUCACCGCGCCUUCUGCGACGGAGGGAUUCAAGAUGGACGAGCCACGUCUUGCUGGUCUCGUGCUCAUCAGUGCGUUGGCUGUGCCUGUUUCAGCUGCUACCACUUCGAUUUCCGACGAACGUCUUCCCGCGUUGUUGUCCUUGCCCAAUCCGCCGUCGCGUGCAAGCCUGUUAAAGGAUGCACUUUCCCGCGGUGCACUCAAGAACGCACCUAGUAUUGUCCGUCAAUUGUACGCCGUUUUAGAGGGUGCGCCUUCCACCGGAAAUGAAGACGAGGAAUACCUCACAUUCGAUCCCCUCACUUUACCCAUUCGCAUCGCCCCCCUUCUCUCUCUUCUUCAGACUGAGGAAGUUCUUUCGGAGUAUUCUGCAUAUGUUCCCCUGCUUCGACGGGCUGUUGUCAGUCGUUUGUUCAGUCAGCUGGCCGAGGUAUACAGCGACGUGGAAAUCCAUUGGGUCCGUGAUCUGGUUGCGCCUCUGUUCGAGAGCACACCGACGAAAUCUGGGGAGACGACUUUGGAUGGAAUUAUCACUUCCUGUGCUCGGCGAGGCGAGCUUCCGAACGGAGUACGCGUUCGCAUCGAUCAUGCAGCUGGACGGAUCGAGUUUGUUGAUGGUGGAUUCGAGCUGGGUAAUGAAGAUCCUGUAUCGUCUGCGGUCUUCAACUCGGGUGCCAGCACGAGCCAAGUGAUGAUCGAGGAAGUUCAACCCGGCAUCUCGUCCAUUGUCCGCACCCGUUUAAGCAACGUUGGCAAUUGUUUAUAUCGGGCCCUGGGUGUCAUCGAUACAGUCGCUGAACAGCCUGACCUGCAGAAGACACGAUUUGCCGCGCUUUCUGCUGCAGUAGAGAAGGAACGCAAGGACUUGAUGAUCUAUCGGUCGCUCACUCAUCGCCGGCGCGAAUUGCUUACGGAGCUCGCUGUUCGUCGGCAGAAAGAGAGCGCUCAGCGGCAGGCCGACAUUACCCGCAAAGAGAAAGAGGAGGAAGAACGCCGUGUGAAGGAGGACCAGCGUCGUCGCGAAGCUGAGCGCCGGGAAAAGGUUCGAGAGGAAGUACAGCAAGAAGAAGCUCGUCGUGUCAGAACGGCUCUUGUGGAAAAGGGUGUCAUGCGGAAAGGCGAUGAGGCCCUGGAGAACAUGGACACGACGUCAUUGAUCACUAUGCAAAUCACUCAUCUCGAGAAGGAAAAGAAGGAACUGGCAACUAAACUGCGUACGCUCACGAAAAAAAUCGACCACACUGAGCGUGCCUACCGCAAGGCUGAACAGCCGCUACACGAGCAAGACUACGAGGCUCAACAGUCCACUGACUUGGCGGUGUUCACCGCUCUUCAGCAAUCCCGCAAGGAGGAAAGCAAAGCCCGUCACGAAGAAGAUCUCGCCACAAAGAAUCGUCUUGGCCGCAUGGCCGCUGAGUUUUCCAAGCGGAGAGACGAUGUGCUCAAUAAACGUCGGGCAGAUUUCGAGCGCAAAAAGGCACUUGCUUCGAAGAAGAUCGACGAGGAAAAAACCAAACGUCGUGCUACCAUUGAAGCGAAGCGCGCAGAAGAAAGCAGGCUGGAAGAAGAGCGUCGCAGGGCCGAGGAAGCUCGGAUUGAGCUGGAACGGCAACAGGAAGAAGCUCGUCUGGCGGAUGAGGCAAGGAGUCGGGCUGAAGCCGAAGCCGCAGCUGCAGCUGAAGAAGCUGCGAAACGUGAAGCCGAAGACAAAGCUAACGCCGUUCGCAAAGAACGUGAGGCGCAGCGCGCAGCCGACAUGGAGCAAGUCCGCCUCCGCGCCCAGCGCGAAGAAGAGGCUGAGGCUCGUCGUCUCGCUCGAUCACAGGAAAAGGUCGUCCCGACGCCAUCCGUCAGGAAACCCAUCUUUCCUACUGCGCGGGAAGGACUACCCCUCCGCACAGCCACCGUUACGGAUAGCACUGGUGGCGGUGCAUGGCGUCGAACAACCACGACAACACCGACAACCCCUACAGCUCCGGUCCGAGCAGAGAGUCCCGCUCCUGGCGGCCCUGCAAAAUACACGCCUGGUGCCUUCCGUCGCAAUGCCGCUACUGCGGGUGGGUCCAUUGGCCGAACUGGCGGUGCUGCCACACCCGUGCGGGUUGCAUCCCCCGCUCCGGAUCCAGCCAAGAUCGUGAAGACUGAUGAUGAAGGAUUCACCACUGUCGAAAAGCCAGGGGUCUGGAAACCGAAGCGAGCACGUCAGUAGAUGGCCUACAUUUAUGAUUCUGUAUGAUAUGUUACUGCUUUAUGUGCAUCAUGACUUGAUCAAAGUGCAUUCACUGCCGC